AUGCUGCGAAAUCUACAUUCUCAGCGAUAUAACGCUGAUUUGAUCCUGCAAAACGAACAGUUCGAUGCGGAAUUCUGUCGCCUAUUCUGGAACCCAUUCGGUGACGCCACGGUCCAACAACCAGUGAAGAUUACGUUCAAACGCAAACGAGCCCGAAAACGACACGGCGCUACAAGUACUAAUGCGAAGCAUCGCUGUUCGGAUUGCGACGCCGUUUUUCGCUGGCCAUCGGACCUCAACUAUCACCAUGCGUAUCAGCAUAGUGGUGAGCAACUUAACGUGUGUCCCGAAGCGUCAUGUGCGCUUAACUUUCAGUUUCCUUACCAGCUGACAAAACAUCAGCGUACUAGCGGUCACCAUAACUGGCAGGUGAUUUGCCAGCAAUGUAACAAACGGUUCGGAAGUCAACGCUUUUUAGGACGUCAUACGGUGGCAUCCUGCAACCGGUACAAGCUGAAAUGCCAAAAGGGAGUACAAUAG